UGUAGCCGUGGUUUCUGGACGUUAUGUGUUAGUCAAACCUUCGCGACGCUAGAAACAGGUUGUACGGCUUUUAUGUUGCGCUGUUGUAGUUUAAUUCCCCAUCCAUCAUGUAUCGGUAUUGUGUGUGUCUUCUUGCCUUUUUACUGGCAUCAACGCUACUGACCGACGCCCGACCGGCGAUGGAGAAAGACCACAACUUCCACUACUAUGAGAUAAUAAGCACUGAAAAUGGGCAAUUGUUUUCCUAUAAAACGAAGGACAAUCAGUGGCGCGAUGAAACAGUUGAGACCGAUCCCAAGACCGGCAAGCUGGUCAUCUCAGGCUGGUACCGCUACGUCGGGCCCGAUGGCGUCACCUACCAGGUCAAGUACGUGGCGGACGAGAAUGGCUACCGGCCGCUCGGGAUGCAUCUGCCCGGGGCCGAUCUGUCCGAUCCGACCGCGUUCAGCGUGCUUACGCCACUCGUCGAUAGUGGCGUUUCGCGAACAGUGCUUCUAUCCCUAGUCGGCUGACAUCAGCAAACGGGGGCGAUAUAAAUUACAAUUUUGUGCGUGUGCUAUUUUAAAUGCGGUUAAAUUAUGGAAAUCCUAUCUUUAGUAGUUUGGUACGAUUAGCAACGUGGUAUUGAUAGUAUUAAAAUUUGAAGACAAAAAAUGAAACACGAUACACGUCGGAACGAAGACGAACAGCAUUGUGGAACCUGUCCCUGUCAGUAGCAUAACCGAUCACCGCGCAGCGAGCGUUGAUUUGUGAGUUCGCUUGCUGGAAUCAUACUCGAUUAACAUCUCCUAGGAUCGUUCGAAGGCAACGACCUUGCUUGAAACGGCUCUUCGGGGGCCUCUUCGCUUCUCGGGCUUGGGCAACGACAGACGCACUAAUCAAGCGCUAUCGCACCCAUCGGCGAGCAUCGGUUUUUGCUAGCUUUUACGCAGAAGCUUGGAAGCUGCGUAGACGUGCUGAGGAUGCCAACGAGUGUGGUUGUUUUUUUUUUUUUGUGCGAAGAAAAAAAUCUGAAGCAAAGGAGUAAAGCAGUUUUAUUUUUUGUAGAGAAAGAUUCUAGGAAAUAAAAUGCGUGCGAUUCAAGGUGUGCUUCUUUGUGUGUUUGUAACGCUUCUUCCUGUUGUUAUUGGAGCUCCAAUAGGCGACGAUCUAAUUAGCUACGAAAGCGUGCAAACCGAUAAUGGAUAUCGGUUCUCCUACGAAACAAAGGAUGGACAGGCACGGGAAGAGGUCGGUACGAUCGACCCCAGCACGGGGGUGCUGACGGUGACUGGUUGGUACAGCUACCGCACGCCAGAUGGCGAUACGCAGCGUGUUGAUUUUGUUGCGGAUGAAAAUGGCUAUCGAAUCGUUGACCAACCGCCAAACGUUGUGGCACAAUUCAUACCGAUGGUUGUUGCUGGUUCACCUAUCGAUAAGACGGUGCUGCUAUCGCUCGUCGGAUAGGGAGAUACUUUUCUUGGAACGUUGCAAGAAAAACAAUUAAUUUUUCAUAACAAUAUGUUACAACACAGAAGCUAACAAUUGUCAAACAAUACACUAUAGAUAGAAAUAAGUAAUAGUUCGCUUUCAAUGGAUUAUAAAAGAGGCUGAGGUUAGGGUUAUAUUAUCAGCUUAGUAGUUAUGAUAUCAGCUAUAUAAUUGGAUAUCGGAUUCAUAUUGCAUAUGGAUUAUAGGACAUCAGAUAGAUAAUCAUUUAUAAUAUUUAAUACACAUAACAUCACAAAUGUGUGAAUAAAUUAUUUAACAGAAACAUUAAGAACCUCUUGUGGGAUAUAUUGAAAGGUUCGUCGCUUGUUUCGGCAGGAGUCUUUUGAUUAUAUUUUGAAAUAGUAGCAGUAGUUAAGCAAGACCUAAUCUGGAAGAUUUAUAUUUUAUUUUAAAAUUUAACAUUUAUGUUUUCUUUAUCCAUUUGUUCUAUCCAUUUCGAAAAUGAUAACAUUACAGUAACUCUUGUUAAGUAGCUUAAUACGAUUAGCAAUGCCGUAUGGUUAU